AUGUCAUUUGCAGAGCGACAAAGGCAUCUUCUACAGACAGGCGAGUUUUCUGACUUUAUCCUGACUGUCGAUGGAAGAGACUUCAAAGUUCAUCGCAAUGUCGUCUGUCCUCAGUCAACUAUGUUGCACCGCCUAUGUACUGGCAAUUUCAAGGAAGGACUCGAAGGUCGUGGGACACUGACUGAAGAGAAUGCCGAUAUCUUUGAGAAAGUCCUUGAAUUCAUGUACACUGGAGAAUACAACUCUUCAACGAAGAAACCCGAAAUAAGAGCCGGCGAUGGCACUGAUGUGUUUGGCGAUCAAGAGGUGCCAGAAAUUGAAGAAACGGAGACAGCAUCCAUCCGCCAGCAGUCGGAGCAGCUUAUGGUUCAUACUGAGAUUUACCUGCUGGCAAAAUACCUAGACAUCAGGGAGCUUAUGCGACAGGCGAUGAGCAGAUUCACAGCUUCGGUCGAGAAAAACUUCAGGGCCGAUGCCUUUCUCGAACCAUUUUCUCGAGUUUUCAAUCAUGGUGGUGAUGGUGCAAAUGGACUGAGAGCCCAAAUCCUCGAGUCCUGUCUUGCAUACUCUGGGUAUAUCCCGCAAGACGGGGAGUUAACCUUGCUGCUCCUACGGCACGAACCUAUUGCCUGGAAACUAUUAUCACGGCAGGCUCACGAACACGCUUGUCAGGCCAAGAAGGCUAUUGAAACGCAGCGAGCCCUUGAGAGAGAUCUGCGAAAUUCGCAAGAAGCCGUUAAGAUUCUGAGACAGCAAGUUGAAGAAGUGACAGCGGACAGAGAUCACACGCUCAAGUUGCUUAAGGAGCACGACAGUUGUCGAAAUUGCCGCCAAUUUUUCGGCUCAUACGUGGAAGAGGGCGAGCCCAGGAUCCUUCGGUGCAAGUCUUGCAGAUGCCGGCAUAAUUAG